AAAAUAUCCUGUGUAUAGUUGUGAGCUAAGAACAUGCAAGAAGAUAUUGAAGCUAAAGAGAGACAUUUAGAUCCUGCUUACUUAGAAAAGAUUAAUCAUUUUAAAAAAGUUAUUCAGUUGGAAUAUGUUCGUAUUUGUAGGAAGAGAAAACAAAAUAAAACUGAAGAAGCAAAGUCUAUUUACAAAAGCAGCCGAGAAGAGUUGUUAAAUGUAUUGAAAAAACGUCAGCAAAUUUUAAAAGAGAAAAAGAGAGAGCCAUUGACCACUAUUCCUAUUGCUAUUGUAACAGAGGCUUCAACAAGAAAGGCUCAAGUUCAAAGUGGUUUUAACUAUUUAUCUCAAAAUGUUACACUACAAACAAUUUACUCACCUCCAGCAUUGCCGACUAUGAUCUCAUGGGCUCCUCUACAGCAAAAUUUUAUUGUUGAUGAUGAAACAGUUUUGCAUAAUAUUCCUUACAUGGGAGAAGAUGUUAUUGACCAAGAUGGGCAGUUUAUUGAAGAGCUUAUUAAAAACUAUGAUGGCAAAGUUCACACUUCUUCAAGUUUAGAUAGUAUUAUGGAUGAUGAACUUUUUUUGGAAUUAAUAAAAGCUGGGAUUGUUUACCAAGAUGAAUAUAGGAGCUCUGAGAAUUAUAAAGAACAGUUUUCAGACGAAUCUUUAACUAAAAAAUUAUCAAACGAUUUAAAAUUUCAAACUAAUGAUCCUAGCGAGUUACUCUUUGACACAAUAGCACAUUAUUUCUCAGAGCAAGGUGUGACUGCAAAAGAAGUAAAACAGAGGUAUAUGCUAUUAAAAGAAAAAGAAAGCAGUCAGCCGCCUGCUGAAUGUACUCCAAAUAUUGAUGGCCCAGAUGUAAUAACAACGAACAGGGAGAGAACCAUGCACUCUUAUCAUACAUUGUUUUGUCGUAGAUGUUACAAGUAUGAUUGCUUUCUUCAUGCUGUACGCCCUGGUCCAGUUAAAGUGCAAAGAAAGCAGUUAAUGGAUAUACAAAAUAUUGAGCCUUGUGGAGAAAACUGCUAUAUGCAUUUGGAAAGGUCUUUAACAAUUCAAGAUACAAAAGAUUUACCAAAAAGUUUACCAGAAACAGAUCGAAAUGAAGACUCAAAAAUGAAGAAAUUUAAGAGGAAAAAAAGUUUUAAUAAAGCAGAAACAUCAGUAGAAGUUUUAGCGCCUGUUAAAUCAACAUACUUAAUUGAAGAUACAAAUGAUGAACCAUGGACAUCAUCUGAUUUAUCAAUGUUUCGUGUGCUUAUCAAGAAUUUUCCAAAUAAUUACUGCACAAUAGCCCAACUAUUGAAUUACUCCCAUACAUGUAAACAGAUAUAUCGUCAUGCUAUGUUAGAACCUCGUGAUGAAAAUCCUUCCAAUGAUGUUAUGACUCCUCCAACAAAAAAGAAGAAACAAACUGUCAGAUCUUGGGCCAAUCAUUGCAAAAAAGUACAAAUGAAAAAAGAAAAUUCAGCUUCUAUGCUAAUUGGUUAUUACCCAUGUGAACAUCCUGGGCAGCCAUGCAAUGCAUCUUGUCCUUGUAUAUUUAACCAUAAUUUUUGCGAAAAGUUUUGUCAGUGCAGUUUGGACUGUCAAAAUCGCUUUCCCGGUUGUCGUUGUAAAGCUCAAUGUUGCACUAAAGCAUGCCCAUGUUAUUUAGCUGUUCGAGAGUGUGACCCUGACAUAUGUAAAACUUGUGGUGCAGACAACUUUGAAGUUGAAAGUCACGAGUCUUCUUGUAAAAAUGUGGGUUUACAAAGAAGUUGGCGAAUGAACUUGUUGCUGGCUCCUUCCGAUAUUGCAGGUUGGGGUAUAUACUUGAAAAAUGAUGUAACAAAAAAUACAUUAAUAAGUGAAUAUUGUGGAGAGUUAAUCUCUCAAGAUGAAGCUGAACGUAGGGGAAAAGUUUAUGAUAAAACUAUGUGUAGUUUCUUAUUUAAUUUAAAUCAUGAGUUUGUUGUUGAUGCCACAAGGAAAGGCAACAAGAUUCGAUUUGCAAACCAUUCUAUUAAUCCAAACUGUUAUGCAAAAGUUAUGAUGGUUAACGGUGAUCAUCGAAUUGGUAUAUUUGCUAAGAGAAAUAUUGUAACUGGUGAAGAACUUUUCUUUGAUUACAGGUACGGACCAACCGAUUCUCUUAGAUAUGUCGGCAUCGAAAAAGAUACUCGGUUUCCUGAUUCUACUACAGGUGUUGCAAAGAAAUGGACAGUGUGAUUUCUGUUGUUCUUCAACACUAAAAUUAUUCUAUACGUUGAGAUCAUGGGCGCCCGUAGUAACCAUAGGGUGAAACAAGAAUUUAUUUCAUUUUCGCCUUACGAACACUGGUGAUGUAUCUUAGUGCUUUAUGAUUUGUAGUUUUUAUUUAGAAUAUGAAACGUACACACA